GAUAAAACUCAGCCUGGACAUGCAUGUACGUAGUAUCUGAACGACCCUCAAACUGUAUAAACACAUGUAUACCAGAUGUAUACGUGUAUAGGUUCCAGUCAAGCCGACGGGAAGAGUCCAAAAAUUUGUAAACACACGCUUGCUUGAUAUCAAAACCUCGGAUCCUCGGAUCAAAACAUCUCGUCGCGUUUAUUUAUUGUUUCGGUUUGAUGAUUGAGUGAAAAAAGAUGGAAACAAAGCGUACAUCAACUAGAUUCUGGUGCGGUGUUCCAGGCUGCAUUAGCAAAUGCAAAGGACAAGGCCAGAAUAAUAAGUUUUUUAGAUUCCCCAAUCCUGCAAGACAUAAGCCAGUCUUUCUGAAGAAUCUUGCUGCAAAACGUUUGAAACUGUGGAGAGCGGUGUUCGGUUCCAAAAUCCGACCGGAAGCCCGGAUUUGCGAAUGGCAUUUCGAAAGUGGAGAGCCAGCAAGAUUGACGAGUACAGGCGAUGUCGAUUGGGUUCCAACACGUUUUUUAAGUGGAUGGAAGGGAAAGCCUUCCGAGAGCGAGAACGAUGCAGGCGAUACGGAAGGAAAACCGGCCAGCAUGACCAGUACCAGAGACGUUGAUUGGGUUCCAUCGCGUCACUUAGAAAAUUCGACGAGAGAAAGAUGGACCGUUAGCGAGGUUGAUAUCAAUGCAGCGAAAACUAUCGAUCAACCACACGCGGAAAUGGAUUCCGCUGAUGAAAUGGAACCACUGGUUGCGACGGAAGAUGAAGAUGCCCCGGAGGAAGAAGGUGACCAACAACAGGACGAAGAAACUAUGGAUUCCGAUAAUGAUCAACAGCAAGACGAAGAAAGCGAUGCAGCCGAACCAGAAACUUUGGUAGAAACCGUACUAGAAUCGGACAAUGAGGAAAUUGAAGCGACGGAUGCCGGAGACACCGCAGUGCAAUCGGGAGAGCAUGUCGAGGAAGAUGAAUCUGCAGCAGAACUGAGUCAGGAACACACUGGAAAAGACCAGCAGGACGGCAACAGCAGUGUGGAAUGUGAGAUGUUUGAAGAAAUUGAACCGGACGAAGAGAACGCAGACGGAGGGGAAACGAUUGGGAUUGAGCGAGAGGACCACGAUGAAACGUUUGUUGAGAAUUUCUGCGGCGAGGUUGAAAUCAAAGAAGAGGAACCUGAAAUCGAACAAGAGGAGGAACAGAGCUAUCUGGAAGAUGAUCCAAUCAUGGGAAUGCCUGUUCCUAUCAAAUACGAGGACUCCGAUAACGAUGACGUACAACCGAUGGUUCAAAUUAAAGAUAACACUCGAAAACAAGGGAAGAAGAAACAGUCAUCGUCAGAUACGGAAACUGCCGACGAAGGAGACGAUUGUGAAGUUGUUCUAGUGACGAGUCCCAUCGGCGAGCAUGCUUAUCAUGCAUCGCCAGCAGUUCCUUCCAGAGUGCAGCCGAAAAGGAAAGUGACCAAAAAGAAAACCCUUCCGGCAGCUGUUUCCCCGUACAUGGCGCGAAAUGUGCGGAAUUUUCUUCACACGAAAAAUUCCACUCACACCUGCUUGGAGUGCCAGGGCCAAUUUUUCUCGGUCGUUCAGUAUCUGAAGCAUCGCAAGCGACAUCCCAAGGUGAAAAACUUCCCCUACCAGUGUCGGUAUUGCCCGUCCCGGUUCCGACUCCACCGCGAUAUGCUUCCUCAUCUGUUGACGCACUCGAAGCUGGAGAAAUUCACCUGUCCCAUGUGCCCGGUCCAGAUCUACUCGGCUCAUAAGCUGGUUACGCACAUGCAAGUGCACCGGUCCAGUCCGAAGGAGAACUACUACUUCAAGUGUGUUACGUGUUCGGUACGGUUUUCAAAGUGCAAACAACUGGAGGAUCACAACCUGGUAUCCCAUCCGAAGUUCGUCAAUGGCGUGCCGGUGCAUCCCCCCGGAAGAAUACAUGUGACGCCGAAGAAUCGCACCCGAACGGUGCACGUCUGCUUCCACUGUGGCAAGGUGGAGGGCACCUGGCCGGAAUUGCUGGUUCACAUGCGCAUUCACAAGGGUCCCCUGGCAUGCACGAUCUGUUUGCUGUCACUAAAAGGCAGUGACGAAUUUGCCGAGCAUGUCGUCAAGGUUCACAAAGAUAUGGGUGAGCUGACUUACCACCAGUGUAAGAACCCAUCCUGUCCGCGGGAGUUUAUCUCUCCACGAGAGCUGAAAGCGCACGAAGCUACGUGUGUGCCACUGGGAGGCGAGUACCGGUGCGAGAUAUGCGACCAGCUGUACCGGGAAGUGGACCACUUUAUCACCCACAUGGAGCUGCACUCGAUGCUGUCCAAUGAGCUGGGCCACAAGAUGUGUCCUCACUGUGUCUUUCCGACCAACGACCCGGGGGCUUUUGCGGCCCAUCUGGUCAAUCACCAUGGCUAUCGGGACAAGGUGGAGACCUUGGAAAAGCUUUAUUCGGAGUAUCUUAGACAGGACGAGGCUGAAGGUACAUCGGAGGAUGACAGUGACUUUGGUGGACCGGAGAAGCCUAACGAAGCGGAGCAGGAGAAAAAGGCGCGGCACAUAGCCGAUGAUGUUGUGCAAGUGUGUGAAAGAGAGUAAUCGUUUGAGUAAUCGUUAUAUGUAAAUAUAAAUCUGUAUGAAA